AUGGCGCCGCUAUGCGCAGAUCCGCGUCAGAUCGUGAUUGCUUUGAAUCCCGCCAGGCGAAAGGCAUUGUUGUUUCUAGUCCAAGAAAUCAUAAGGGGUAUGAUCUCUGAGCUGGAGACUCAUCCCGAUGAAUUGGGAUCCAUCGCACCAGAGGAUGAAGGCAAUAGAGACGAUGAAUCGGUCUCUUCAGACCUGCCUGAGAAGGCGGGGCGCUCUGCAUCCCAAGGUGGCAGAGCUCAGGGCUUGUCCCUGCAGAAAGCAAAGACUACCAGAGAAGCAGAAAAGGUUCUAGGAGCGGCAUUUGCAUACACGCUGGAGUGGCGAGAUGAGGUCGUAUCCAAGCUUGAAGAGAUUGUGAAUGUGGAAGAUACGCACAAGAUUGCGGCCGAGAGGAAGACUCGACGCGAAGCCUUGGACAAGAAGAAGUUGGAUUUGCCCAGUAACGAUCGCUUCUUAGUUGAUGUGGAUGGUAUGCCUGUUGAUGAGACAGAAGAUGUCUCCAUGUUGCAGUCGGUGUAUAAGCCAAUACCCACCAAGUUGACCACCAUCCCCAUCGAGGAUCGAGAAGAAGCCCUUAGCUGUGUGCUGCUACUACUUCUAUCUACGGGGAAAUAUUCUGCUCACUCUCGCGCCUUGGUGCUUUAUCUAGCGUCAUCGUUGGGAAUUUCUACAACGUUUCUUAACAAGGAAGAAGCAGAAAUCGCCAUGUCGCUCAUGGAGUCGUCCACAGCUAAUGAGGAUGCAAAGGAAACCAUGUCUGCCGACGCUGAGGCUGCCAAACGCAAACAACAGAACAAAGCCAGUCGCUUUUGGAAAGUUGGACUAGCAUCUGUAGCCGGUGCUGCAGUUAUCGGAAUCACGGGAGGCUUGGCUGCUCCUCUUGUUGCUGGAGCGAUUGGGACUGUUCUGGGAGGCGUUGGUCUAGGAGGUGUUGCGAGCUUUCUUGGCAUCUUCUGGAUGAACGGAGCUUUGGUCGGAACUCUUUUUGGAGCCUAUGGCGCCAAGAUGACUGGCGAAAUGAUGGAUAACUAUGCGAAAGAGGUCGAAGACUUCCGAUUUCUCCCCCUCAGAGAAGAGUCUACAACAGAUAACCCAGAGGAAAUCACCAAAGAGCAAAAAGAACAGCGUCGUCUUCGCGUUGCUAUCGGAAUCAAUGGCUGGCUUAACAAAGAGGAUGACAUCAAGAAGCCAUGGCGCACUCUCAGCACCGACACCGAAGUCUUUGCUCUACGCUACGAGAUGAAUGUUCUUCUUAAACUAGGCACCGCAUUAAACGACCUCGUCCGCUCCGUUGCUUGGACGGCCUUCAAGGCGGAAGUUAUCAAGCGGACUUUGCUGGCGACUCUUUGGGCUGCCCUCUGGCCGAUCCAAGUCUUGGCUAUUGCUUCCAAUGUGGACAAUCCGUUCAACCGUGCGCACAACAGAUCUCGAAAGGCCGGGAAGCUUCUCGCUGAUGCGCUCAUUAACAAAGUUCAAGGUGAACGGCCUGUCACUCUGAUAGGCUAUUCUCUCGGUGCCGCGACCAUCCAUGCCUGUUUACAAUCUCUUGCCGAACGCCACGCCUUCGGCCUUGUCGAUACGGUUGUCCUAAUCGGCACUCCAGCCCCAUCUAACUCAGCUCACUGGCGGACCAUCCGGCCCGUAGUCUCUGGAAAGAUCUUCAACGUCUACUCCGAGAACGACAUGAUCCUGGGUUUCGUCUACCGAAUGCACAGCCUUGCUCUCGGAGUCGCUGGCCUACAGCCCAUCAAAGACGUCAAAGGCAUUGUGAAUGUGAAUUUGAGCGACAGUGUCAGUGGUCAUCUCCGAUAUCCCUCUCUCACGGGUGAGAUAUUGCACAAAUGCGGCUUCGUAAACGUCAAGGCCGGAACGGAAAUCGAAACGGAGGAGGACGUCAUCCAGAUGAAAGACAAGGAAGCAGAUCUUCUCGACUUCAGCGAAGGACAUGAUGACAACUCCAAGGCCGUAAACAAGUCUGCCGAGUCCCUUCAGGGCCUGACAAUCACGCCUCCGGCUCUUUUGCCGAGCUACGAGUCUGCCACCAAGCCUACAAUCUCUAGACGGCCAGUCGGCGGAUCUGGACCAGAAGCUCCGCCUCCUAUUCCUCGAAUGACGGAGUCUGUGCCUCCUAUUGAGAUGCGUGAGGCAGAUGAAAUCCCUCCACCACUGCCAAGGCGCCAGACGGUUCCCUUACAAGAGAUUCGAAUCCCUCGACGUCCAGUUCCAGCCAAUGCUGAGGAGCCUGCUAGCCCGAAAACGCCACUGACUCCGCAGUCCGACUCCGAUGAUGAACACCACAUGUCCAUUUCUAUGGUAGAUAGGGACGUGGAUGAUGAUUGA